AUGGGGGUCCUCGCCUCGCACCCCACAGCGUCUGGGAUCUGGCUGCUGUUUUUUUGUCUUUGGGUCCCUGCAGCCACCACGUCGACUCCCUUUAGCAGCGGCGCGGAGCCGCCGCCCGCCGGAACUGCGGAGCGCAGGUCCCUCCCGAGGGCACUCUGCAGGCACCUCUGCCCGCCCUCCCCCAAGGAUUUUUCGACUUUUAUCUGGCCCUGGCCACCUCGUUGGCGCAUCCGGGUGAGAAAGAAGAGGAGGACCAACCUUGAAGAGGCCAAGUUUCGUCGGGAAGACGCCACUACCGGCCGGGAAGAGCAGGAGUCGGCACCCUUGGCAUCUUCAGCCAUGUUUUCUGUCUGGGAAAGACGACUCCAUCGUACCAAGUGUGCAACUCCCUACUUAUUCUCCUGCUUUAAUGGAGGGGAAUGUGUGCACCAGACAUUCUGUGACUGCAGGCGUUUUAAUGCAACGGGUCCGAGAUGCCAGACAGUGUAUAACACAGGCCCAGAGAGAGACAACAUUUGCCGUACGUGGGGACAGCACCAUGUCGAGACGUUUGAUGGCCUCUAUUACUUUUUCUCUGGGAGAGCCAGCUACACACUGGUGGGUCAGUAUGAGCCUGGUGAGCAGAGCUUCUCCAUUCAGGUUCACAACUACCCAGAAUGCAGCUCUUUCCCCUACAACUGCCCACGGUCUGUCAGCCUCUUCUUUGCAGGGGAAGAUGAAAUCCGCCUGAGCAGGAAUGUCACCCACGGGGGUUUGGGGGUCCAGCUGCCUCACGUUACAGGGAACUUGCGACUUCAUCAGAUGGCUGACUAUGUCAUUGUGCAGCACCAGUCUGCUUUUACGCUGGCUUGGGAUGGUGAGUCAGCUGUCUACAUCAAGAUGAGCCCUGAAUACUUAGGCAAGACUCAUGGGUUGUGUGGGAACAACAAUGCUGACCCCCAGGAUGACCUGAAGACCAGCUUUGGAAGACUGACCGAGGAUGUGGCCGAGUUCGUGAGUAGCUGGCAGGAAGAUCCCCCAGAUGAGACCCCUGGACCGAAUGUCUCAUUUCCAUCACGGCCUCCAUGUUUCCAUCAGAGCCCUGCUGCCAUGCAGGGGGUGUAUGAGCUGUGUGACGCACUGCAGAAGCCCCCAUUUGACACCUGCCAUGACUACGUCAACCCCUUGCCCUUCAUGGCUAGCUGCACUAGUGACCUCUGCCUGUCAGCAUCUGAUGAUGCCACGUGGUGCCGGGCACUGACGGAAUAUGCCCGGGCAUGUGCCCAUGCGGGGCGCUCCUUGCAGGGCUGGAGAGCCAAGUUCCCCCUGUGCGCUGUGACCUGCAAGGAGGACGCCUUCAUCUACAAUGAAUGCAUUAACUGCUGUCCUGUAUCUUGCCAGCCCAGGACCCCUUGCAUCGACAGUGAGAUUGCCUGUGUGGAUGGCUGCUAUUGCCCCGAGGGUCUAAUCUUUGAAGACGGGGGCUGCAUGGCACCUGCUGAGUGUCCUUGUGAAUUCCAUGGGAGUCUGUAUCCAACAGGCUCUGUGGUGAAUGACGAUUGCAACACAUGCACAUGCAAAGGGGGCAAAUGGAUGUGCAGUGCUUCAGCCUGCCCAGCGGAGUGCUCAGUGACUGGAGACAUCCAUUUCACGACUUUUGAUGGCCGCCGGUACACGUUUCCCGCCACCUGCCAGUACAUCCUGGCCAAGAGCCGCUCUUCAGGCACCUUCACGGUGACAAUACAGAAUGGCCCGUGUGGUCCGAACCAGGAUGGGGCCUGUAUUCAGUCAGUGACUGUGAUUCUGAACCAGAUGCUCCGGAGACAGGUGACCCUGACUCAGACAGGAGACGUUCUCAUGUCUGGUCGGUACAAAGUCACCUUGCCUUACACAGAUGAUGCCUUUGAGAUCCGGAAGCUGUCAUCCGUGUUUCUGCGUGUGCGGACCUCUGUUGGGGUGCGGGUGCUGUAUGACCGGGAGGGGCUGCGUCUCUAUAUCCAGGUGGACCAGAGAUGGAAGGAUGACACCGUGGGGCUCUGUGGGACCUUCAAUGGGAACAUGCAGGAUGACUUCUUGUCCCCGGUGGGUGUUCCAGAGAGUACCCCACAGCUCUUUGGCAAUUCCUGGAAAACACUAUCAGCCUGCUCACCAGGCAUCUCUAGUGCCCCUCUGGAUCCCUGUGAUGUACACCUGCAGGCUGCAUCCUAUGCAGCCGAGGCAUGUAGUGUGCUCACCAAGGAUCUGUUUGUACCCUGUUCCCCUUAUCUGAGCCCCAUCCCCUACUAUGAACAGUGCCGCAGGGAUGCCUGCAGGUGUGGACACAUGUGCAUGUGCUCCACGCUGGCUCACUACACUCAUCUGUGUCGCAGCCAUGGAGUUAGCAUUGACUUUCGUACCCAGCUCCCAGACUGUGCACUGUCCUGUGAGGCCACUAAGGAAUAUAGCCCUUGUGUGGCAACCUGUGGGCAGACCUGCCAGGCCCUGGCCAUGCCAGAAAGCUGUAGUGAUGAAGAGGACCACUGUGUAGAGGGCUGUGCCUGCCCUCCUGACACCUACCUGGACAGCAAGGCAGAGAGAUGCGUCCCCAGGAGCCAGUGCCCCUGCUAUUUCCAAGGAGUUGAUUAUCCCCCGGGAGAAAACAACAUUCCAUCCCUGGGCCAUUGUCACUGCAUAGACGGAGUCAUGAGUUGUGACAGCCGAGCACCAGUCUCUGCCUGCCCUCUGGGCCAGGUCUUUGUGAACUGUACCGACCCCCAUGCUGACCUUGCCCUGAGCAGAGAGAGGACAUGCGAGCACCAGCUGCUGAACCUGACUGUGCCUGCCCACGGACCCUGUGUCUCAGGCUGUACCUGUCCCCAAGGGUUGGUGAAACAUGGGAAUGAAUGCUUUGUGCCGGACGAGUGCCCAUGUUCCUGGAAGGGGAAGGAAUACUUCCCUGGGGAUAUGGUCAAUUCUUCCUGCCACACCUGUGUGUGCCAACACGGCUCCUUUCAGUGUACUUUCCAUCCCUGCCCCGCCACUUGUACCACUUAUGGUGACCGACACUAUCGAACAUUUGAUGGGCUCCCAUUUGAUUUUGUGGGGACCUGUAAAGUGCACCUGGUGAAGAGUACAUCAAAUUUCAGCUUCUCCGUCAUUAUGGAAAACGUAAACUGCUACAAUACUGGAAUCAUCUGCAGGAAAUUUAUUUCCAUCAACGUUGGGAAUUCUCUACUUGUGUUUGAUGAUGACACAGGCAAUCCUAGCCCUGUGAGCUUCCUAGAUGAAAAUCAGGAGAUACACAUGUGGCGAGUGGGAUUUUUCACCCUGGUGCAUUUUCCUCAUGAGCACAUCACUCUUCUGUGGGACCAACAGACCACGGUGCACGUGCAGAUGGGGCCUCAGUGGCAGGGGAUGCUGGCUGGGCUUUGUGGGAACUUUGACUUGAAAACAGUCAAUGAGAUGAUGACCCCGGAGAACUUGGAGCUUACAAAUCCCCAGGAGUUUGGCAACAGCUGGGCUGCAGUAGAGUGCCCAGAUAGCUCUGAUCCUCGAGAUCCAUGUAGCUUAAACCCCCUGCGGGAGCCAUUUGCUAAGAAGGAAUGCAGCAUUCUGCUGAGUGAGGUGUUUGAAACCUGCCACCCUGUGGUGGAUGUCACCUGGUUUUAUUCCAAUUGCUUGACAGACACAUGUGGCUGUAGCCGAGGAGGAGACUGUGAAUGCCUGUGUACAAGCUUAUCUGCCUAUGCCCACCAGUGCUGCCAGCAUGGGAUUGCUAUUGACUGGCGCUCUCCCCGCCUCUGCCCUUAUGACUGUGACUAUUUUAACAAAGCUUUAGGUAAGGGACCCUAUCAACUGGUCAGCUAUGUGACUGGUGGCACCCGGGUGACUGUGAGGAAAGUGAGCGGUGCUGUUGUCCUCGCUCUUCAUGAGAAUGUGGGUCCUGAAGACACCAUUAACUUCUUGCUGACCUGUUCAGUGUUCAAGCCCAAGGCCCAUGACUCUGACUUGGUGUCCUUUGAGUCCGCUGACAGACCCAAUUACUUCCUCCAUGUGACCCACAAUGGGUCUCUGUCCCUGGCCAAGUGGGAGCAGAGUGAAGGCUUCCAGAACCGAGCCACGUUCAUCAUCCACCGCAGCACAUGGCUCCCUGGCUAUGAUGCUUUGGAGUCCUUCAGCGAGCCUGGCUCCUUCAUCAGCUUCUCAGGCCCAGUGCCCAUCCUGCAGAGGUACCAGCACUCUGAGCAAUUCCGGCUUGCCACUCUGCUGAAGCUCAUAGAUGCCAGAUCCCAAGGCACUGCCUACCCCACCUGUGAGUGGCGCUAUGAUGCCUGCAGCAGCCCCUGCUUCCAAACCUGCCGGGAUCCUCAAGGAGCCAGCUGCUGGGAGGUCCCCAGGGUUGAAGGCUGUGUCCCUGUUUGUCCCAUCCCUAUGGUCCUGGAUGAAGUCACCCAGAAAUGUGUCUACUUGGAGGACUGUAUUGAGGCUACAGUUGCUAUGUCCAGUGUGAGGACCCAGGCUCCUGGCCGAGAAUUGAUCUCCCCAGAGGAAUCUCGAACCCCUGAGAUGUCCCUAGCCAUGGCUGGGCCUAGGGCACCUACCAGCCCACCAGUCCUCACCAUGGCUACCUUCUCCCUGGCCCACCCAUCAUCCAGGGACGUAACUGUUGCCCUCACUACAACUUCAAGCUUGCGGGCAACAGCCAAGGAAGGAGCAGAACCAAGGCUUGGGUCUACCUUGGGAGGUACCAGCCAGCCUCCUUCAAAGUGGCCCACAAUGGCAGACCUCUCUACAGUGGUCCCAGCUGAUGUGCAGCUGCUCUCUGGCUCUAUGGCCAGCCCGACAGCUCCAGAGGCCACCUCCUCCUCCAUCUCCCCACCCAGGAUGCCAGUGUCCAGUGUGGGGGCAACCACCAUAAAAACAACUCAAGGAAAAACGACCUUCACAGGAAGCCCAAAUACUACACUGUUCCUGAUGCUCCCCACAAUUCCUGGUUUCCAUCUAAUGUCCAAAGCUGUGACCAUUCCUACUCCAAGCCCCUCGCCAGUAAGGACAACGCAAGCAGGGGUGAGGCCCUCCCUCAGUCUGGCUCCCUCUGAGAGACCCCCUUCCACCACCGUAACCACUGAGAUCUCGCCAGUGGGUCUCCCUCCCUCCGCAGGGCUCCAGGAACCACUGCUGAUGACCCUGACUGCAGGGGAAGGGAAUAGGACAGAAACCCCUAGAGUCCCCUUAGCUGAGGACAUGACAAGUUCUAGCAGCUCUCUUCCAUCUCUUGGUAAGACCUCUGUGGGGCAGAUCCAUGUUAGAACCUCUGUGAGCAUAGGACCAGAAGCUGCACAUGCCACAGGGCAAACUGAGGCUGGCCAUACCGCAGCUACAACCCUUUCAACUUCCCCAGUCAGGAGCCGGUUUUCCACCACCCUCAUCAUCCAUCCACCUUUGGGUGCAGUUCUCUCAGUGACUGAAGCCACCAGUCCCAUGACCCUGACCUCUGUGACUGUGGUCACCUCUGCCCUUUAUGCAGCAAGGUCACCUGCUACACACUCACCAGCGCCUGUGCCCUCUCUGGUUUCUGAAUCAACUGUGCCAUCCCUGCUGUCAGAUACCAGCAUGCCUCAGGCCGAGGCAGGGACACCGUUGGGCACCCAUGAGAUCAGCCACCUAUUAUCAACUUCAUCCCGCCCUCCUCCAUGGACCCUUGUCUCCAGUCGCCCUGCCCCUAAAGGAACUGGGGUUUCCACUCUGUCCCGAGGGAAGGACACACAGUUGUCUGUGCCCAUAGCCACCUCCCUGUCCCCUAUGACCUUCCACCCUACCCUUCCUCCAACCUCGCUGGGCUUGACUCAAGUUCAUACAACUGGGCAAGGUGUACCCCUGACCACGGUCACAGCACCAGCUUCACUAGAGCUGACCACCCCUCUCUUACAGUCAGAAGCCACACCCUUGACCUCAACCCAUGAGAUGUUUGUGCAAAGGGUGUCAGGGGCACCAGGCAAGAGUACCACUGAAAAGGGGGCUGUCCUAUCCAAGCAAGUGCCCCUCCCUACAACAGAAUAUAGUGCAUCCUCUUGGGGUGUCACAGAGCUGCCUGCUACACCUCACUCCCUAGCGACUCCAAGAACUAUGGCCAAGGGUGCUGGUGCCACAUCCAUGCCACAUUUGUCCACAUCCUUCCCCCUUGGCCCCCUAGCUACCAAUGUGACGGGAAUAUCUUCAUCUCCACAAACCACUUUGACCUCAUACUUCCCAACUUCUAUGGCCCAGACUAGGGCCUCUGGGAUGACCCUAGGGCUCUUGGCUCCAGAAGAAUCUGCUGAUGAGAACACAACAGGACAGCCUGGCCGGUCAGCCCCAGUCGGAGGCGUCUCGGUGUUACCUACCUCAGUCUUGAUGUCAAUGAGAGAAUCUUCUACAUUCCCAACAUGUGUUCCCAUCAUAGAAAGCGAGUGUGUCAGACAUAUCUGUGUAGAGGGAGAGUUGAUCCGAGUUAACCAGACCCAGCAGUGCCCUUACAGUGCCUCACCCCCUCCUUGUGGGAUUCUAGGCCUUGCUGUGCGUGCCAAUGGAGACCGAUGCUGCUCCCGCUGGGAAUGUCCCUGUCGAUGUUCCAUUUUUCCUGACUUGAGCUUGGUGACCUUUGAUGGGAGCUAUGUUGCACUGUUUAAAGAGGCCUCCUAUAUCGUCAGCCAGCGCCCAGAGGAGAUGGUCACUGUCCUUGUCCUCGACUGCAAAAGUGCAAACCUGGGUCAUUUGAACUGGCCUCCUUUCUGCCCAGUGAUGCUGAAUGUGACCAACCUAGCCCACCAAAUGACCAUCGAUCGACUCAACAGGAUGGUAACUCUCAACUCAAGGCCCAUCUGGCCACCAGUGAGCCAGCAUGGAUUUAAGAUUGAAGAUACGGGGAACAUGUAUGUGAUCCGGACUCCCUCACAAAUCCAAAUCCAGUGGUUCCACAGCUCGGGGCUUAUGAUUGUGGAGUCCAGAAAAACUGAUGAAUCUGUGGGUGGGGGUCUAUGUGGUAUCUGUGAUGGUGAUGUGGCCAAUGACCUCACCCUGCCUGAUGGCACUGUGGUGGAAGAAACUGAAGACCCUACCCCCUUUCUGGACAGCUGGCAGUUGCCCAGCACCCUGACAUCAGUGGGUCAGUUCCGCUACCGGGAGGACAGCUGUGCCGCCGCAGACUGCUCGCCUUGCAUCCGCAUGGUCUCCAACCACACCUUCAGUAGCUGCCAUGAUUUUGUAACCCCAGAGUCGUUCUGUGAGCUGUGGAUCAGAGACAUCAAAUAUGUGCAGCAGCCCUGCGUGGCAUUAACUGUGUAUGUGGCUAUGUGUCACAAAUUCAACGUGUGCAUUGAGUGGCGGCGCUCUGACUACUGCCCCUUUUUGUGUCCUGGGGACUCCACCUAUCAGGCCUGUGUGGCAGUCUGUGACAGUCCCAGGACGUGCCAGGAUGGAGGGCGGGAACCCCCUGACCCAGAGCUCUGUUCAGUGCUUGGAGAAGGCUGUGUGUGCCCUGAGGGCACUGUCUUGCACAGGCUCCAUUCUGCACUCUGCAUCCCUGAGGAGAAAUGCGCAUGCACAGACAGCUUGGGUGUGCCCCGAGCCGUGGGUGAAAUCUGGAACAGCUCACUCAGCGGCUGCUGCCAGGACCAGUGUGUGGCCCCCAACACUAUCAUCCCUGUGGAUCUCGGCUGCCCUGAAACCCAGCCUGGUGGGUGCCAACGCUUCGGUGAAGUGGCCCUGCAGCUCCCCACAGAAGACCCCUGCUGCCUGAGCACAGUCUGUGUGUGUAACCAGACACUGUGUGAGGGGCUGACCCCCACCUGCCCCCCUGGGGAUAGGCUCCUCAUGCACUACCAGGAGGAAUCCUGCUGUCCCAGCUACACCUGUGAAUGUGACCCGGAGCAGUGUGAGGCCCAGCCCGAUCCUCAGUGUCGCCAGGACCAGGUGGUGAUUGCUGGCCGGCUCGGGGACACUUGCUGCAUCUCCUACUUCUGUGCCUGUGACACUUGUCCAGACCCAAUACCCACAUGUCGGGAAGGGGAGGUGUUCACAGUGGACAGCGACACCGCAGAGCUGUGUUGCCCCGUCUAUAGCUGCGAAUGCCAGAGUUUUCGCUGCCCCCAACUGCAAUGUGGCUUGGGCACAUCCCUGGUGGAGGUGUGGAGCCCUGACAGAUGUUGCCCAUAUAAGUCAUGUGAAUGUGACUGUGACACAAUCCCUGUACCUAAGUGCCACCUGUGGGAGCUACAGCAGCUUGAUACAGAGUUUACGCAGAGUGCUGAGAAUGUUUGCGAUUGUGUCAAGUACAAUUGUGUGAAGGCCCCAGUCUGCUUAAGCCGGGAACGUGGAGUCUUGCAGCCUGGCCAGAAGGUGGUAGAACUCUCAGCUGAUGGUGUCUGCAGAACCUCCCAUUGUACUGAUGUGCUUGACCCCCUUACCAGCUUCUACCAGAUCAACACUACAUCUGUCCUGUGUGAUGUACAGUGUGAGGAGAACCAGGAGUACCAGCCUCCUCAGGACCUGGCUAGCUGCUGCGGCUCCUGCAGGAAUGUGUCCUGCCUCUUCACAUUUCCCAAUGGCACCGAGGUCACUUUCCUGCCUGGAGCAUCUUGGAUCUCAGACUGUGCUCGUCAUGACUGCAGCAACACAGCCCUGGGCGUAGUCCUGGUUGUGUCCCCUAUCACCUGCCCACCCCUCAAUGAAACUGAAUGUGGGAAGGUGGGGGGCUCCGUGGUACCUUCUCUGGAAGGAUGCUGCAGGACAUGUAAGGAGGAUGGGCGGUCCUGUAAGAAGGUGACUGUCCGAAUGACCAUCCGGAAGAGUGACUGCCGAAGCAACACACCGGUGAACAUUGUGAGCUGUGAUGGGAAGUGUCCCUCUGCAAGCAUCUACAACUACAACAUCAACACCUACGCUCGCUUCUGUAAGUGCUGCCGCGAGAUAGGCCUGCAGCGGCGCUCGGUGCAGCUCUUUUGCACAGGAAAUGCCUCCUGGGUACCUUACACCAUCCAGGAGCCCACAGACUGUGCCUGCCAGUGGGUGAUGGGGCUGGGAGAAAUUUCAUCCCCAUGUCCCUCAGAUGCACAGGGACCCCUGGCCAUGGGCUACUGUAGGGGUCAGGAAAGCCGAUCUCAGCUGCCCCCCUCAGCUGAUGUGUAUCGGUUACGGUCAGCUGUCCCUCCCCACGGCGGCCAGCGCCCAUCCUGCCAGGCUGCUGAGGCGGGAAAGGCUACCUGGCCCUCUGCCCGCAUGCCUGGCACUGAGGUGGCCAGGCCCUUAGCCCAUCAUCCUGGAGCAGCUGGCCAAAGGUGGCCAGGGAGAAUGGUGUCGACAGUUACUGGAAGCCGCUGCCUGCCACCUGAGAGGGACGCCAGGGAUGAGCCGGCAGAUCUGCUCUCUUCCGGCCAGCCGGCGGUGUCCGAACCCAGAGUGGAGGAGUGUUCCUGGCUUCCCCCUCAUUGGCUCCGGCAGCCUGCCCAGCAGCUGUUCCCUCCGAUCAGCACGGACGAGCUAAUCCCCGUUCUAGAGCCCCCAUGGGCAGUAAAUUAA